CAAAUAUUAGAAAGAAACAACAAAAAAGAAAAGAAUUCCAACUGAGAGAUAUUUGCUCUUUAGUAUACUUCUGCUUCCAAAGGGUUUCAAUAACUGAGGUCUAACAGCUGUAAGAGGUCCAAACUAUACUUUCCUAAGAGCUCAGUCAACAUGAAGAAUGCGAUGAACACUAAUUAUCAAUUAACUAUCAAUGUUUAUGCUGGAGUUUUUAAAGGGGGCAGGAGAGACCCUCUUUUGGGAGAGGCAAAAGUCCAACAGUUUAGAUGCUUUUGUUAUUAGGUGACUGAAGAUGUAUUUUAAUCCAUAGUCAGCCAUUAUAUUCAAACAGAUUCUCAUUUCUUAGUGACAUUUAAAUUAGAGGGUUUUGUAGUUUUUGCUCUUAAUUUGAAAAAGGUAGCUGGCUCCACUGUCACUUUCAAUCAUUUAGGUAUAUUCAAGUAGCAUCCUCUUCUUAAAAUGUACCAAGAAAACUCAACUAUUUCAUAUGCAUUCUUCCAUUUACAAUCCUGUUUCCUUCCUAAUAUCUCUGUAGUUUCAGAGAUGCAAUCCACUUGUUUUUCUUCUAUCUUUCUGUCAUCACUCUUGAUCUGUCUUUUCACCUCAAUCAAUCUUCAAACCAGCUUUUGUGUCGAAGAUUUGUGGUACUCAAACUGCAGUCAAACUUUUAAAUGUGGGAGUAUUGAAAAUGUCAGCUAUCCUUUCUGGGGAGUGAAUAGAGCUGAUUACUGUGGUCAACCUGGGUUCAAGCUGGAUUGUCAGGAUGAUGUACCAAAGAUCAUGAUGCUGCAAAACACGUUCAGAGUCCUCGGUAUCAACCCAGAACAGCAGAUUCUUAAGGUUGCCAGAGAUGAUUAUUGGAAGGAUAUUUGUCCUGCAGAAUUCAUUAACACCACCAUUGAUUCCACUCACUUUAGUUAUGUUUCUAGUGGGCUUCAGAACCUGACCAUAUACUAUGAUUGCUAUUUAGGUUCAAACACUUAUUAUCUUCCUCCAUCUCUAAAUUGUAUCAUAAAUACUACCACCAUCAAUGUGCUGUACGCUACCAUUACCAGUUCAUAUGACCCCUUCCUUGGAGAAUGCAUCAGCAAUGUCCAAAUUCCAAUCAAUGAAACAGCUGCUCAAACUCUAUAUGAGAAUCCAAUGAUGGUCAAUGACACUCUGAAGGCAGGUUUUGAUCUGCAAUGGAAAAUAGGUGGUGAUCAAUGCAACAGAUGCUUGAAUUCUGGUGGUGUUUGUGGAUAUAAUAGGACUACAACUCAAUUCACCUGCUUCUGCCAAGACCAGCCCUGGUCAAGUACUUGUCCACCAAGACCAGGUUUGUCCCUCUUUUUUCUUGCCACUCUUCACAGCUUUCUGGUUCUAGUAAGUACACUAUAGAUUGAUUCCCUCUUGAAACACUGGUCAGUGGUCAUAUUUAUGCCUUUCUGCUUGAUCAUGUUACUGUCAUCUUAUUUGGAGACUUGGAAAUUUUGUUCUUGCUCUCAAGGAUUCAGGCUUAGAAGCCAGAAAUACUCCACCAUUCAUUCUGUUUUAGUCUCAUGUUCUCGAUCUUGAUCCUUUUACACGCCCAACUAUUUAUGCAUUU